AUGGUUUGGUUAUGUGGUUGUUAUGAUUGGGAAGUCUUCUUAAACCACAUACCUAUAUCCAGUUCUGGUGCAGACCUGAGGAAACGGUUUAAGGGUGACUGUAAGGGCAUUCCUCCGGAGCCAGAAAUACUUUUCAGUCACAUACAGUUUAAGCAAUUCUGGAAGCAGGUCCAUGCUGUCUCUUUUACCCCUCGAAACAUUAAGUGCAAAGUAAAUUGCCGACUGCUCCGUUGUUCGGGUCUACAGCUCCGGAGCAUAGAAGAGCCGUCAGGUGGCGCGGGCGCCGGCAUGCCCGCGCCUGCCUGCUACGACGCGGAGUGUGCGCGGACAGAAGCCUGGCUGGAUGAGAACCAGGAGUUCGUGCAUGAUUAUUUCUUAAGAAAAGCUCCGCGACAAGUGGUGGAUGCGUGGUUGGUGUCCCAUGCUACACCGCCCAGUGCUGAACUUCCAUCCCCUUCGAGAGCUGGCUCUGGAGCCACUACACCCGUUAGAAAGAUCUCAGCGCACGAGUUCGAGAGAGGUGGUCUUCUGAAGCCACUAGUGACGACUGUAGAUGGGACUCCCACCUUCCUGGGAGACCAACCUCAUGCGACACCCUCAAGGCCUCAGAGGCGCUCUCGGCAUGAGCUCAAGCAGCUGGAUGAGAAGGAGCUUAUCUUUGAACUGGUAAAGGACAUUUGCAAUGAACUGGAAGUACGGGUUUUAUGCCAUAAAAUCCUGCAAAACGUUUCAAUUCUUCUUGAUGCCGACCGAGGCUCUCUGUUCCUCGUCCAAGGAGAAAAAGCCGCCUCGCCUAAUCCGCAAAAUGGCAGAUGCCUGGUGUCGAAGCUCUUCGAUGUCUGCUCUAAGUCAACUCCUGAACAGAUGGAACAGCUUGAGGAGAUAAGGAUACCAUGGGGUUCAGGCAUCGUUGGCUACGUGGCGGAGAGCGGCGAACCCGUGAAUAUACCUGAUGCGUACAAGGACGAAAGGUUCAACCAUGAUAUCGAUCAGCAGACAGGCUAUAAAACAAGAUCGCUCCUUUGCAUGCCGAUUAAAGACAUCAAUGGCGAAGUCCUUGGAGUCGCACAGGUGAUAAACAAACAAAAUGACGGACCAUUCACAGCAUACGACGAGAAAGUGUUCUCUUCGUAUCUCCAAUUCUGCGGCAUUGGUUUACGCAACGCACAGCUGUAUGAACGGUCGCAGCUCGAAGUGAAGAGGAACCAGGUGCUGCUGGAUUUGGCGAGGAUGGUCUUUGAGGAGCAGAGCACGAUAGAGCAUAUGGUGUUGAGGAUAUUGACCCACACGCAGAGCUUGAUUCGGUGUCAAAGGGUGCAGGUGCUGCUGGUACAUGAAGCGUCAAAGGGCAGUUUCUCUCGUGUUUUCGAUCUGGAGGCUGGUGAUGAUGAAGAGCCUGGUACUCCACGGACAUCCCCGUACGAGAGCAGGUUUCCCAUCAACAUCGGUAUCACUGGCUACGUUGCUACUACUGGAGAGACUGUUAAUAUACCCGACGCGUACACGGACGCUCGGUUCGACCCUUCAGUGGACGAGGGUGCUGGCUUCAAGCACAACACAAUCCUUUGUAUGGCGAUCAAGAACUCUGAGGGACAAAUUAUUGGUGUUAUACAGCUAAUCAACAAAUUUGACGAACUGCUCUUCACAAAGAACGAUGAGAACUUUGUGGAGGCGUUCGCGAUAUUCUGCGGUAUGGGAAUCCACAAUACACAUAUGUACGAGAAAGCUAUCACUGCCAUGGCCAAACAGAGUGUAACAUUAGAUGUUUUAAGUUACCAUGCGUCGGCAUCAAUAGAUGACGCACAAAGAUUACGGAGUUUAAGAAUACCAUCAUCAGCCCACUUCAGUCUCCAUGAGCUGUCAUUCGAUGACAUUGAUUUGACAGAUGACGAUACAUUGCGCGCCUGCCUAAGAAUGUUCCUAGAUCUUGACUUUAUUGAACGGUUCCACAUAGACUACGGCGUGCUUUGUAGGUGGCUCUUGAGCGUUAAGAAGAAUUACCGCAAUGUAACCUAUCACAAUUGGAGACAUGCGUUCAACGUCGCUCAGAUGAUGUUCUCAAUACUUACGGAUACUCAGUGGUGGCAGAUUUUCGGUGAGCUCGAAUGCCUGGCUCUGAUCAUCGGAUGUCUCUGUCAUGAUCUCGACCAUCGGGGGACUAACAACUCCUUCCAAAUAAAGGCAUCAUCACCCCUGGCCCAGUUGUACUCGACUUCGACGAUGGAGCACCACCACUUCGAUCAGUGUCUCAUGAUCCUGAACUCCCCUGGAAACCAGAUCUUGGCGAAUCUCUCUUCUGAGGAUUACGAGAAGGUUGUCAAGGUGCUGGAAGACGCUAUUCUUUCCACCGAUUUGGCUGUGUAUUUCAGCAAAAGAAAUGCCUUCCUCGACAUAGUGAGUUCGGACAAGACGGUGACACCCGCUUGGGGGGAGUGCGAGGAACGUCGCGGGCUGCUCCGAGCGAUGUUGAUGACGGCGUGCGACCUCGCCGCCAUCACGAAGCCCUGGCCCGUGGAGAGACGAGUGGCAGCGCUCGUCGCCGGGGAGUUCUUCCGCCAGGGUGACCUAGAGAAACAAAACCUCAAUUUGACGCCCAUAGAUAUAAUGAACAGAGACAAAGAGGAUCAGCUGCCAUCGAUGCAGGUCAAGUUCAUCGAUACUAUUUGCUUGCCCAUUUACGAGGCAUUCGCCGUACUCCAUUCAUCGCUCCAACCGAUGUUAGACCGCGUGAAAAGCAACCGCGCGCACUGGAUCGAGCUCGCAAACGAAGCGAACAACGGCGAGAAAUUCGACUUCUGUCUCGACAAGGAGCCAGAGAAGAACGACAAAUCCAGCGCCAGCUCGCACGUAGACGACACGGAGAACACGUACGAGGGAGACAGCAGUGGUGCUGUCAGUCUCUCCUCGGAGACCAACUCGAAAUACGACAAUCUGGAGAAUCCGGUUGUCGGCCUCGUCUGCAACAACGCGUUGACGCAGCGGGACCCGACGAAGUUCUGCCAUUUGAACGAAAUGAACUAA